CCGAAUGUGAUAUUCGGGCGAGCGUGACGCGCUCGCAUCAAGCGGGCGGCGUGAGUAGCGCUGACACGCCGGUGGCUCAUCGGCCAUGUGUCGCACGGCCACGCCGCUGCCCUCAGUUUUCAGUUUGCAAUUCGCCAUGCCCUGUCUUCAACCCCGCCUCAAGCGCCGCUUCGUCGAGACGCCCUUCUCGUUCGACGACGACGCCGGCCUCCACUCGCUCCUCGCCGCGUGCUGCCUCAGCGCGCAGCGCGCCGACAUUGUCGCGACCGAGCGCGCGGUCGUCGAGAAGCAGCUCGUGGCCUUCCUCGCCGGGUGCAAGCCGCACGCGCCGGCUAUCGUGCGCCAGAAACUGCCCGUCCUCGCCCGGAAGCUCGAGUCGAUCCUCUUCCAAGCCGCAGCGACGCGCGAAGAGUACCUCGACAGCUCGACGCUCAUGCACCGACUGAGCGCCAUUCGGCAGGUCCGUCAGACCAAGCGCCGGCGCGUCCUCGCGUGUUAGACGCAUCGCCCGCCGUAGCACUGGAACUACGGCGCGGACUGCGAGUAGUGUAUUUAUGAGCCUUGUUCUCGACGAGCUCUACAGCCAUGUAAACCUGUACAAUGGAAGACCACGAUUCAAAGAGGUUAAUAAUCUGAGGUUGACGCG